AUUCGCAUGGUUUGACCGCUCUUGACAUAAACGCUAUGUUGUGCAGUACCAAUGUGUAUUUGCUUCUUAUAUCAAACCACACUCCCAGAUUUCCCCAGCUUCAAGUCCUAGUCUCAAUGUCUCUCCUUCAACUCCUCGUCUAAUCAUCAUGCGGCUGCGCCUCCUGAUAACCACUCUCUCUUGCCUCCUAAUAGCCAUCGUCUACUCAUCACCCCUUCCCAUCAACUCUCUCCAACCCCAAGGCCUGGAGAUCGACGACCCGCUCGACUCACUCCCCAAACGCGCAUCAUCAAAAGCAACAACAAGAACGAAAGCAACAACAGUCACACAAUCAGUAAAUAACUGGAUCGAAGACGUCAACACCGUCAACAAGUUCCUCAACGUCGCCCUCGCUCUUCCUGCCGGUCCAGCCCUCAAAGCCGGUGCCUCCAAAGCCCUCGCCUUCGCGCAAGACGAGCCCGUGAACGUCAAGCUCCUCAAAGCCACCCCCGGCAUCGACACAGCGGGGCUCUCCGCUGCCGCGACGCUCGAGAAAGUCUUUGGAGAUGUGUUAGAUCAGCUAGGGAAUGUGGUAUCGCAGCCGCUGAGUCUGCCGGUGGCGAUUAAUGCUGUAGCAAGGAUAAAUGUAAAUAGGUUAGUGGUGAAGGCGAUGAAGUUGGAGAUCUGCGGGUGGAACUGCAUGAACUUACGUGGCGCAGAUGCAAGAAUGUGCUUCCAGCUGCAGAGACGAUGUGGAGAUCUGCUGCGGUCGCGAUGAAUAUCUCGACGGCGAGUUGGCCGCCGAAAGCAAAUCGAGAGGCUGCUUGCCCUGGCAAAAAUUGAGAUUGAAAUGUUUUCACAGUGUGGCGUGGAGUUUGGGUUG